AUGGGCCAUCGACAUGGCAGAGGAGUAUCCUCAGCCGAAAUCACUGGCACCGACAUCAGCCCAAUCCAGCCAGCUUGGGUGCCUCCAAACUGCCAGUUCCACAUAGAAGACGCGCAGCUGGAGUGGACAUAUCGCCCCGAUAGCUUCGACUUUGUACAUAUACGUGCCCUCUACGGUACCUUCAGUGAUUGGGGCGAGCUGUAUCGUCAGGCUUUCCGGUCAUUGCAACCGGGCGGGUGGAUUGAGAAUAUGGAGAUCAAUAUCCACUUAUAUAGCGACAUUCCCGAGGUUAAAGAUGAUCCCGACCAUAUCUACAAGCGCUAG